AUGCGACGGCUUUGGGAGCAUGCACGGCAAAAGGGUAGAAGUAGCAAACAAUCUGACAGUUCAGUGUCUGCCUCCCCGCCCCUCCCAAUAAUAACAAACACACCUCAGGGGCUUGAGGUCGUGUACGAUGGGAAUGAUGCUAUCGUUGACAUCAUCGCCGUUCACGGCCUAAACGGGCACCGACAGAAAACAUGGACCGCAGCUAACAAUGUCCAUUGGCUCCGCGACCUCCUUCCACACGAUCUACCUCGCGCUCGUAUCAUGUGUUGGGGUUACGAUGCCAACACGCACGACAGCUCUCGCGUGAGCUGCCAAUACCUGUACGAUCAUGCACGUACCUUGGUUUCGGAUCUGUGCCGAAAGCGGCAAUUGACCAGCUCAACGAGACGGCCGAUCAUAUUUGUGGCACACAGUCUAGGUGGCAUCGUUGUAAAAAGUGCAUUGAUCCAUUCAGACGCAUCGCGACAAGGGGCGUUGCUCGAACACCGCUCCAUCAAGCUCUGUACAUAUGGCAUCAUCUUCAUGGGUACCCCACACCAAGGUGGUAACGGGGUGCAAUUGGGCCGAUUACUCGUAAACAUUGCUUCAGUUUUUGUCGCAGCCGAUAACCAUAUCCUGCAGCAUCUAGAACGAGACUCAGAGUGGCUGCAGCAGCAGCUCGGGCAAUACGGCCCGAUUACUAACGACUUUGUUACAAAGUAUGCUUAUGAGGCAUACGAGACUGCAACGGCAUUUGGCCGCAAAAUCAUGGUAGUCCCGCGUGCAUCGGCAGUCGUACCAGGCCAUGCCAAUGCCGAGUCGAUCGUCAUUCAUCACGACCAUAUCAACAUGGUAAAAUUUAUAAGCAAGGAAGACAAUGGCUAUGAGAAGAUUUCAGGGUAUUUGCAGAUUAUGGUGGUGAAUACGGGUGACCAGAUACGGCAGCGAUGGGAGGAGGAGGCAAGGAUAACAGAGGCUCGGACUGAUCCUGCGUUCAGUCGAUGGUUCCUACCUCUAAGCUUAUCCGGCGUCACUGAAGUCGCGCAUUUCGUGGCAAGAGAGGAAGAGCUUGCACAAACACAUGAGAUUUUGCGUGCUAAUAACAGACGACGUACUGCUGUCCUGUAUGGCUUAGGUGGGAUGGGUAAGACACAAUUGGCGGCAGCAUACAUUAAACGCCACCAUGCAGAUUACUCCGCCGUCAUCUGGCUGAACGCCAAAGAUGCAACAUCACUAAAGCAAAGUUUCGCUCAUGUGGCCGGGAGGAUCAGUCAACAGCAUCCCUCCACACUCUACAUUGAGAAUGCCAUCAAGGACAAGGAUCUCGAUCAGAUAACCGAGGCGGUCAAGCGAUGGCUAGGAGAGACUCACAACAGCCGUUGGCUCGCUAUUUAUGACAAUUACGACAACCCGAAAUUCCCCAAUUCCACAAGUGGGCCAGAGUCGAGCAAAGAGAUUGUAAAGGACGAAUCUGGUGCGAUAAACUCUGAGUCUCAGAUAUCGCUGGAGAAAGGGUUUGAUAUUCGACCCUUCUUUCCCAGCAGUUAUCAGGGUGCCAUUCUGAUAACAACACGAUCAUCUAUCGUCCAGCUUGGAAAGAUCGUUCGACUAGGGAAAUUGACAAGUGUUCAUGACAGCCUUCAGAUUUUGGCUUCCACGUCACAUCGACAAGGCCUCAAUGACGAUGAUGCCGCUCUGCAACUCGCGCAGCGACUCGAUGGGCUUCCCCUUGCUCUCUCCACCGCCGGCUCUUAUCUUAGCCAAGUGUCGACAAGCUGGGCUGAGUACCUGGAGCUUUACAACAAGUCAUGGCUACGACUUCAAGAGAGUAGUCCACAGCUGCUUACCUACGACUACGCAAUGUACACCACCUGGGAUAUUUCAUACAGGCACAUCGAGCGAGAUAGCAAAACCGCCACAAAGCUGCUUCAGUUGUGGGCAUAUUUCGACAAUGAAGACUUAUGGUUCGAGCUACUACAAAGUGGUGCAUCAGAUGCAUCGAAUUGGCUGCUACAAGUUGUACAAGACCGACUUUCCUUUGACCAGACGAUGAGAGUGCUUUGCAGCCAUGGGCUUGUCGAGGCUGACCCACCAACAGGAAAAUGGGGCACACAAUCCAAUGGAUAUAGCGUGCAUGGAUGCGUGCACUCCUGGAUGGUGCACGUGCUGAACAAGGGGACCAAUGAAGAUAUGUCUGAGCUAGCGAUGAGAUGCAUAGCGUCUCAUGCACCUAGUACAGAUGUGACAGAGUAUUGGUUGGUCCAGAGACGUCUUCUUCGACACGCAGAUCGAUGCCACACGAUGCUGGCAAAAACUCAACAACUGCAAAAUCGUGAGUGGAUCCCAGCAGUGCUGGGGAAUCUCUAUGCCGUCCAGGGUCGAUUGAAGGAAGCAGAAGACAUGUAUAACCGUGCACUUCAAGGCAAAGAGAAGGCAUGGGGACCAGAACACACAUCAACACUCGAUACAGUUAAUAAUCUCGGUUUUCUCUACGCCAACCAAAGUCGAUGGAAGGAAGCAGAAGACAUGUACCAUCGCGCACUUCAGGGCUACGAGAAGGCAUUGGGACCAGAACACACAUCAACGCUUGACACAGUCAAUAAUAUCGGUCUUCUCUACAAAAGCCAAGGUCGAUUGAAGGAAGCAGAAGACAUGUACAACCGUGCACUUCAAGGCUACGAGAAAGCACUAGGGGUCCUCAUCGUAGACACUUACCCCCCUGCGCUGAACACUCUGGAGAAUCUUGGAGACUUGUUACGGGAUGUUGGUCGGCUUGAAGAGGCACAGAAAUACUAUCUUCGUGCAGAAGGUGGUGUUAGACUUGUGUACGGGUCUGAGAGUGAAAAACAUCGAAGACUUUCUUCUAAGUUACAAGUUCAUGAUUAG